CUUGUCCUCCCCCUGUCCUCUGUCCUCCGUCCUCCUAAACGUAACAGACUCUUGUCCUCCCCCAGAGAAGUGUUCAAGACGUACAACGUGGCGAUGGACUGGAUCACCUUGGCUGUGAUCGUCUGGAACUUCGGGGUGGUAGGGAUGAUCUGCAUCCACUGGAAGGGGCCUCUCCGUCUGCAGCAGGCCUACCUCAUCAUGAUCUCUGCUCUCAUGGCUCUGGUCUUCAUCAAGUACCUUCCUGAGUGGACCGCCUGGCUCAUCCUGGCCGUUAUAUCUGUCUAUGAUCUGCUAGCAGUGCUCUGCCCCAAAGGUCCUCUACGUAUCCUAGUGGAGACAGCCCAGGAGAGGAACGAACCCAUCUUCCCUGCUCUCAUCUACUCCUCGACCAUGGUGUGGCUGGUCAACAUGGCAGACACUGGCCUCGGACACAGACCAAUGACCAGGAAGAACUCAACAGAGGCCCCCAUCACUCAGGUCGAGAGUCAAUCCCUGGCCCUAGGCCCGGCCCCUCUCAGCCCCCCGGAGGAUGAUGGAGGGUUCACCCCUAACUGGAUGGGGCAUCAGGAGCAUCAGCUGGGACCCCUUCAGUCCACAGACGAGACCCGACGGGAGAUCCAGCAACUCCCCUCUGCCAGACCACCCGUAAUGGACGAUGAUGACGAGGAGAGGGGAGUAAAGCUGGGUCUCGGAGACUUCAUCUUCUACAGCAUGCUGGUGGGGAAGGCCUCUGCUGCAGCUAGUGGAGACUGGAACACCACCCUGGCCAGCUUCGUAGCCAUACUCAUCGGCCUGUGUUUGACUCUUCUUCUCCUGGCCAUCUUUAAGAAGGCCCUCCCUGCCCUUCCCAUCUCCAUCUUCUUUGGCUUGGUGUUCUACUUCGCUACAGACAACCUGGUCAGACCUUUUAUGGACCAGCUGGCUCUGCACCAGUUCUACAUUUAGCAGGAUGUUCUCCUGCUCUCGCCACCCCACGGGAGCUGCAAUCAUCAACACCAGGGGUGUAUUCAUUAGGGAGCUGCCAUCAUCAACACCAGGGGUGUAUUCAUUAGUACACAACAUAGCGAAAUGUUUUUUGCAAUGAAAACAUGUUUUUUUAUUUUUUUUUACUAAAUCCGGUAGGUUCCCUCCCCCUUUUUGUCCUGUUUUGCUGAGCCAGACCUCUAACAAGGGGACCAGGGGCGUCUCCAGUCCCCUGACUGAAGUUCAGUGGUAGUUUUUGGAUCUGCUUUUUGUUUCUGGGCUUGGUGG